CCGGGAGAGGAGGAGGAGAAGGAGGAGGGCUGUAUCCCUGCGCCUGUGCGCGCCCGGCGGAGGCGGAGGCCGGGCGAGCGAGUGAGCGAGCGAAGAGUGGAUGGCGAGCGGCCGCGGCGGCGGCGCGGAGGCCGGCAUGCAGGGGAGCGCUCGGUGCCGCUGCGGCGCGCCGGGGCCAGCGGCCUGCUAGGGGGGCUCGGCGGCCGCCCUUCGCCGCUGCCCGGCCCUCCUCCUCGCCUCCCCGCCCGCCGGGCAGCAUGAAGUGGCAGCGGAGGGACUGCUCCUCGCCGCCGCCCCGCCGGUGAGAGCGCGGAGCGAGGGAAGAUGGGGGCCGUCCUGCGGAGCCUGCUCGCCUGCAGUUUUUGUUCCCUGAUGCAAGCUGCCCCACUGUUGCUGUAUGCAAACCGCCGUGACCUGAGGCUGGUGGAUGCUGCCAAUGGGAAGGAGAAUGCCACAGUAAUUGUGGGUGGCCUCGAAGAUGCAGCGGCAGUGGACUUCGUGUUCAUAAAGGGGUUGAUAUACUGGAGUGACGUGAGUGAAGAAGCCAUUAAACGAACAGAAUUCAAUAAAUCUGGGAGUGUACAAAAUGUGGUCGUUUCUGGACUUUUGUCACCUGAUGGGCUGGCAUGUGACUGGCUGGGAGAGAAAUUAUAUUGGACAGAUUCUGAAACAAAUCGGAUUGAAGUUUCUAAUUUAGAUGGAUCAUUGAGAAAAGUAUUAUUUUGGCAAGAAUUGGAUCAACCCAGAGCGAUUGCCUUAGAUCCUGCAAGAGGGUUCAUGUAUUGGACAGACUGGGGAGAAGUGCCAAAGAUAGAACGUGCUGGGAUGGAUGGUUCAAGCCGCUCCAUUAUAGUCAACACGGACAUUUAUUGGCCAAAUGGACUCACAUUGGAUUAUGAAGAACAGAAACUUUAUUGGGCAGAUGCUAAACUGAAUUUCAUCCACAAAUCAAAUCUUGAUGGAAGUCAUCGGCAAGCAGUGGUUAAAGGCUCCCUUCCACAUCCUUUUGCUUUGACGCUGUUUGGGGACACAUUGUACUGGACAGACUGGAACACGCAUUCCAUCUUGGCCUGCAGCAAGUACUCUGGGGAGGACCUGCGUGAAAUACAUUCCAACAUCUUCUCACCCAUGGAUAUCCAUGCUUUCAGCCAGAAGAGGCAGCCAAAUGCUACAAACCCAUGUGGAAUUAAUAAUGGUGGCUGCUCCCACUUAUGUCUGAUGUCUCCUACCAAGCCCUCUUAUCAGUGUGCAUGUCCCACUGGUGUGAAACUUCUUGAGAAUGGAAAGACCUGCAAAGAUGGUGCCACUGAAUUGCUGCUUCUAGCCCGCCGGACAGACUUGAGGCGCAUUUCCUUAGACACUCCAGAUUUUACAGACAUCGUUUUGCCACUGGAGGACAUCCGUCAUGCCAUCGCCAUUGACUUUGAUCCUCUGGAAGGGUACAUCUAUUGGACUGAUGAUGAAGUUAGGGCCAUCCGUCGCUCAUUUGUUGAUGGGUCAGGUAGUCAGUUUGUUGUCACAGCACAGAUUGCUCAUCCUGAUGGCAUUGCUGUGGACUGGGUUGCCCGAAAUCUGUAUUGGACUGACACUGGCACAGACCGUAUAGAAGUUACAAGGCUUAAUGGGACCAUGAGAAAAAUCUUGAUCUCGGAAGACCUGGAAGAACCUAGAGCUAUUGUGCUGGAUCCUAUGGUAGGGUACAUGUAUUGGACAGACUGGGGAGAAAUUCCGAAGAUUGAGAGAGCGGCACUAGAUGGCUCAGACAGGAUUGUGCUGGUGAAUACCUCACUUGGGUGGCCAAAUGGACUGGCUCUGGAUUAUGAAGAAAGCAAAAUAUACUGGGGAGAUGCAAAAACUGACAAAAUAGAGGUGAUGAAUGCUGAUGGAACUGGGAGAAGAGUUCUUGUAGAGGACAAACUUCCUCACAUCUUUGGAUUCACGUUAUUGGGAGACUAUGUUUAUUGGACAGAUUGGCAAAGACGCAGCAUUGAACGUGUGCAUAAGCGGACAGCAGAAAGAGAAAUCAUCAUAGAUCAACUGCCUGAUCUAAUGGGCCUCAAAGCUACUAAUGUACACCAGAUAAUUGGUACAAACCCUUGUGCAGAGGAUAAUGGUGGUUGCAGCCAUUUGUGCCUGUACAGACCACAAGGCCUUCGCUGCGCUUGUCCCAUAGGCUUGGAGCUCAUCAAUGAUAUGAAGACCUGCAUUGUCCCAGAAGCUUUCCUUCUGUUUUCUCGGAGAGCAGAUAUUAGACGGAUCUCUUUAGAAACAAACAACAACAAUGUUGCUAUUCCGCUUACUGGAGUUAAAGAAGCUUCAGCUCUGGAUUUUGAUGUGACAGACAAUCGAAUUUACUGGACUGAUAUUUCAUUGAAGACCAUCAGCAGAGCAUUUAUGAAUGGCAGCGCACUGGAGCAUGUUGUAGAGUUUGGCUUGGAUUACCCUGAAGGCAUGGCCGUAGAUUGGCUGGGGAAGAACUUGUAUUGGGCUGAUACUGGAACAAAUCGCAUCGAAGUGUCAAAGCUGGAUGGCCAGCAUCGCCAAGUGUUGGUGUGGAAAGAUCUUGACAGUCCCCGGGCACUGGCACUGGAUCCUGCAGAGGGGUUUAUGUAUUGGACUGAAUGGGGUGGUAAACCGAAGAUUGAUAGAGCUUCUAUGGAUGGCAGUGACCGGACUACUCUGGUACCAAAUGUGGGACGUGCCAACGGCCUAACUAUUGAUUAUGCUAAAAGACGACUGUACUGGACUGACCUUGAUACUAACCUGAUAGAAUCCUCCAACAUGCUAGGUCUUGACCGUGAGAUUAUAGCUGAUGACUUGCCUCACCCAUUUGGCUUGACUCAGUAUCAGGAUUACAUUUACUGGACAGACUGGAGCCGGCGUAGCAUUGAACGAGCCAACAAGACAAGUGGCCAGAACAGAACUAUCAUCCAAGGGCAUUUGGAUUAUGUUAUGGACAUCCUGGUCUUCCAUUCCUCCAGGCAGGCAGGCUGGAACGAGUGUGCCUCUAGCAACGGCCAUUGCUCUCAUCUCUGCUUAGCAGUCCCUGUCGGUGGUUUUGUCUGUGGGUGCCCUGCUCACUACUCCCUGAACUCUGACAACAGGACUUGCAGUGCUCCUACAACCUUUCUUUUGUUCAGUCAGAAGAAUGCAAUUAAUCGCAUGGUGAUAGAUGAGCAGCAGAGUCCAGAUAUCAUACUUCCUAUCCAUAGUCUCCGAAAUGUUCGAGCCAUUGAUUAUGACCCCCUGGAUAAGCAAUUGUAUUGGAUUGAUUCACGACAGAAUAUCAUUCGGAAGGCACAGGAAGAUGGCAGCCAGAGCCUCACUGUUGUGACAAGUCCAGUUCCCAAUCAGAACCUAGACAUGCAGCCUUAUGACCUGAGCAUUGACAUCUACAGCCGCUACAUCUACUGGACCUGUGAAGCUACUAAUGUCAUCAACGUGACACGCUUGGAUGGGAGACCCAUGGGAGUGGUGCUCAAAGGAGAUCAAGAUAGACCCAGAGCCAUUGUGGUGAAUCCAGAGAAAGGAUACAUGUAUUUCACCAACCUGCAGGAAAGAUCUCCUAAAAUUGAGAGAGCAGCACUGGAUGGAACUGAACGAGAGGUCCUUUUUUUCAGUGGUUUGAGCAAGCCUAUUGCCUUAGCUAUUGACAGCCAGCUAGGCAAGUUGUUCUGGGCUGAUUCAGACCUGCGGAGAAUUGAAAGCAGCGACCUUUCAGGUGCUAACCGAGUUGUUUUGGAAGAUUCCAAUAUAUUGCAACCUGUGGGACUAACUGUAUUUGAGAACUGGUUGUAUUGGAUUGACAGACAACAGCAGAUGAUUGAAAAGAUUGAUAUGACUGGUCGAGAAGGACGUACAAAGGUCCAAGCUCGUAUUGCACAACUCAGUGACAUUCAUGCUGUGAAAGAGCUUAACGUUCAGGAAUACAGACAGCACCCUUGUUCUCAAGAUAAUGGUGGUUGCUCACACAUUUGCAUUGUGAAGGGCGAUGGCACCACACGCUGCUCUUGUCCAGUCCACCUUGUUUUGCUGCAGGAUGAGCUGUCCUGUGGAGAACCUCCAACAUGCUCCCCUCAGCAAUUCACCUGUUUCACAGGUGAGAUUGACUGCAUCCCGGUGGCCUGGCGCUGUGAUGGUUUCACUGAAUGUGAAGACCAUAGUGAUGAAAAAAACUGCCCAGUGUGCUCAGACACCCAGUUUCAGUGUGAAAGUGGACAAUGCAUAGACAGUGCCCUCCGGUGCAAUGGAGAAGCAAAUUGCCAGGACAACUCAGAUGAGAAGAACUGCGAAGUGCUUUGUUUAACCAAUCAGUUCCGGUGCGCCAGCGGGCAGUGCAUUGGUAAAAGCAAGAAAUGUGAUCACAACCUGGACUGUAGUGACAGCUCAGAUGAGCAAGGAUGCUACACUACAGAGGAGCCUGCGCCACAGCCCAACAACACGAUAGGCUCCAUCAUUGGUGUAAUCCUCACACUUUUUGUGGUUGGAGCAAUGUAUUUCAUUUGCCAGAGGGUGCUGUGCCCACGCAUGAAGGGGGAUGGAGAGACAAUGACCAAUGACUAUGUGGUACAUGGACCAGCCUCUGUACCUCUUGGUUAUGUGCCUCACCCAAGCUCUUUGUCAGGGUCUCUUCCUGGGAUGUCUCGAGGAAAAUCUGUGAUCAGCUCCCUCAGCAUUAUGGGAGGGAGCAGUGGGCCGCCCUAUGACAGGGCCCAUGUCACUGGAGCAUCUUCCAGUAGUUCUUCAAGUACUAAAGGCACUUACUUUCCUCCAAUUUUGAACCCACCACCAUCACCAGCUACCGAACGUUCACAUUAUACAAUGGAAUUCGGUUAUUCUUCAAACAGCCCAUCCACUCAUAGAUCUUACAGCUACAGGCCUUACAGCUACCGCCACUUUGCACCUCCCACAACACCCUGUAGCACGGAUGUCUGUGACAGUGACUAUGCCCCGAGCCGAAGGGUCACGGCCGCGAUGGCCAAGGGCUACACCAGUGACUUGAACUAUGAUUCAGAGCCCGUGCCACCGCCUCCGACCCCGCGCAGCCAGUACCUGUCAGCGGAGGAGAACUACGAGAGCUGCCCCCCUUCCCCAUACACAGAGCGGAGCUACUCUCACCACCUCUACCCACCGCCGCCGUCCCCCUGCACAGACUCCUCAUGAGGGGCAGCCCCCCCUCCGCAAUCUGCCUCUGCCGUGGAAGUGUAAAUACAAAGCGUUCUACCAGGGAGGGGGGAGUUCUUGGCAAGGGAUGAGGUAGGACAGUGUACAGUUAAAUGUUAUUAAGUUGGGUGGUGGAAUACUGGACAUAUUUGUACAGAAGAAAAAAAAAAAAAAGGAUAUUUAUAUAUUUUCUUAAA